CACCGAGAUGGCAGUAAUCGCGACUGACAAAAUCCCAUGAACAACAGCCAACACCUCGGUCAACAAACUGUGAGAAGUCACUACCUACUUGCUUAAACCGACCUGUCCAAGAAACAUCUUCAUUUACCUGCCCGGAGAACGCCCGCUUACAGCAAGCCUACAUCAACAUGGAUCAGCAACUCCCUCUCUCCCCGCCUUCUGAACCGACGCCUUCUCCCACAGCCAAGCCGGUUCCGCUGGACUCCCCGAUCCGCACCACGGCAAUCCACGAACUGCUCCCUGAGAUCCGUAUACCGGGGGAGCCUCUUCCACCACACAAAUACCAUCCAGUUACUUGCAUUCCUAUCGAUGAGGAGGAAGUACGCGCUCAGAUUGAAAAGCUACGCCAGGAAUUCCCAUCCCCGGAGGCGGCGUUGAAGGCCCAAGAGCAAGUCGCAAGAGAACUGAAACAGAAGCUGCAAGACGCCGAGAAAAAACGCGAAGAUGUUCAGAAAGCCAUGGAUAAGAAGAUCAAGGAACGUAAUACCGAAAUGAAGGUCUUGUCGAAGUUCCAAGACAAGCCUUCGGCCAUUGCAUCUUAAGGUCCGUUUCGACUCAGAAGCUUUACAAUAUACCAUACGAAGAUUCUCAACCAGAGCGGCUUGCCAAAUGGUCACGAUUUUUCUCCUCGCCGGAAAAUACUGCGAUGAUGCGAAGUGCCGUGCGACUGAGGAAUGAUCAAAUUACCACAUGGCGCUCAACGGGCUUGAG